AUCACCAAUUGGAACGUAUAGCACUUAAGUGUUGGCAAGUCAUAGGUGGGGGAAAUGUCUGUACCAAGAUUCCAAAAAGUAAACUUUGGGACAUAUGAUAAUUAUAUUCCAGUCAGUGAAUUAAGCAAGAAAUCAUGGAAUCAACAACACUUUUCCCUGGCAUUUCCCAAACCACAGCGACCAGGAACAAAAAGAAGAUCAAAACCUUCCCAACUGCGAAACCACACAACUCCUGUAAUCGAUGAAGAAAAACUAAGAGAUCACAAACGACCGUUGUGGAUGCAUCGUUCUUUAAUGAGAAUUUCUGAGAGGCCAUCUGAGUACUUAGCUGCUAGGAGGAAGCCUCCAGCCAAACCAACUAGUCCUGGCAAGGGUGCUGGAGAAAAACCAUCAUCCCCAGAAUUAGGUAAGAAAGAAAAAGAUGACAAGAAAGCAGAGGACAAAUCAGAGUCAGAAGCAGAAUUAAAAGGUAAGCCCGAUGCCAUGAAAGGAGCCACAAGAAAAACCAAGAAAGAUGAAAAGGGCAAAGAUUCAGGCACAGAAUCUGAAGGGGAAAAGAAAGAUGACAAAAAGGGUAAAAAAGAUUCAAAGAAGAGCAAGAGUCCAGGCUCAGAUUCUGAAGGAGAACAAGAAGGUCUAAAGAAAGACACCAAAAAAAGCAAAAAGGACAAGGGUAAAGAUUCUGGCUCAGAGUCUGAAGGAGAAAAACCAGGUGCAAAGAAGGAUGACAAAAAAGGCAAAAAAGACUCAAAGAAGGGGAAAGAUUCCGGCACAGAAUCAGAAGAUGAAAAGGGGGGACCAAAGAAAGAUGCCAAAAAGAGCAAGAAGGAAACAAAGAAAGACAAAGAUUCCGGCUCAGAGUCUGAAGGAGAAAAACCGGGUGCAAAGAAGGAUGACAAAAAAGGCAAAAAAGACACAAAGAAGGGGAAAGACACACCUCCCGAUUCAGAAGCUGAAAAACCUGGCGGAAAGAAAGAUAAGGAAGGAAAGAAAGGCGAUGAGGCAAAGGAUGCAAAGGACGCCAAGAAAGACCAAAAGAAAGAUGCAAAGAAGAAGGACAGUAAAAAAGAUAAAAAAGAUGAAAAGAAGCCUGGCGAUGCAGUGGGUGAAGCAAAGGACGACAAGAAAGAAAAGAAAGAUGCAAAGAAAGACGCAGGUGACGCCAAGAAGGAUGCAAAGAAGGGGGGAAAGAAAGAGACUAAGAAGGGAAAAUAG